CCAUGUCCUGCCCCCGCAGCGCGAGUGCAUCUCCAUCCACGUGGGCCAAGCGGGCGUGCAGAUCGGCAACGCCUGCUGGGAGCUGUACUGCCUGGAGCACGGCAUCCAGCCCGACGGGCAGAUGCCCAGCGACAAGACCAUCGGCGGGGGGGACGACUCCUUCAACACCUUCUUCAGCGAGACGGGGGCCGGCAAGCACGUGCCGCGGGCCGUCUUCGUGGACCUGGAGCCCACGGUGAUCGACGAGGUGCGCACGGGGACGUACCGGCAGCUCUUCCACCCCGAGCAGCUGAUCACGGGCAAGGAGGAUGCGGCCAACAACUACGCCCGCGGGCACUACACCAUCGGGAAGGAGAUCAUCGACCUGGUCCUCGACCGCAUCCGCAAGCUGGCUGACCAGUGCACGGGGCUGCAGGGCUUCCUGGUGUUCCACAGCUUCGGGGGCGGCACCGGCUCCGGCUUCACCUCCCUGCUCAUGGAGCGCCUCUCCGUCGACUACGGCAAGAAGUCCAAGCUGGAGUUCUCCAUCUACCCGGCCCCGCAGGUCUCCACGGCCGUGGUGGAGCCCUACAACUCCAUCCUCACCACCCACACCACACUGGAGCACUCCGACUGCGCCUUCAUGGUGGACAACGAGGCCAUCUACGACAUCUGCCGCCGCAACCUGGACAUCGAGCGGCCCACCUACACCAACCUCAACCGCCUCAUCAGCCAGAUCGUGUCCUCCAUCACGGCCUCCCUGCGCUUCGACGGGGCCCUGAAUGUCGACCUGACGGAGUUCCAGACCAACCUGGUGCCGUACCCCCGCAUCCUUCCGCUGGCCACCUACGCCCCCGUCAUCUCGGCCGAGAAGGCUUACCACGAGCAGCUAACGGUGGCCGAGAUCACCAACGCCUGCUUCGAGCCGGCCAACCAGAUGGUGAAGUGUGACCCGCGGCACGGCAAGUACAUGGCGUGCUGCCUGCUGUACCGCGGGGACGUGGUGCCCAAGGAUGUCAAUGCCGCCAUCGCCACCAUCAAGACCAAGCGCACCAUCCAGUUCGUGGACUGGUGCCCCACUGGUUUCAAGGUGGGCAUCAACUACCAGCCGCCCACGGUGGUGCCCGGGGGGGACCUGGCCAAGGUGCAGCGCGCCGUGUGCAUGCUGAGCAACACGACGGCCAUCGCCGAGGCCUGGGCCCGCCUGGACCACAAGUUUGACCUGAUGUACGCCAAGCGGGCGUUCGUGCACUGGUACGUGGGCGAGGGCAUGGAGGAGGGGGAGUUCUCGGAGGCCCGGGAGGACAUGGCCGCCCUGGAGAAGGAUUACGAGGAGGUGGGGGCCGACAGCGUGGAGGGCGAGGAGGAGGGGGAGGAAUACUAG